AUGACUACACCAUCAGGGCCACCAAAGCCCGCCCUCAAGACCUCCCUCCCCUCCGCCUUCGCUGCCACCAACGCCCAACAACCAAAACCAUCUUACCCAGAACUCUCUCAAGAACAGCAAGAAAAGUACCUGAGUGCCAGACCCGGGGCAACCCCACAUCAUUUGGGCGUCGCUCUACAACAUGCGCACCAGAUCCAGGCCCAGAAAGAUGCCGAGGAUCUCAUCCUUGACCAUAUCCUGAAUCUGCUAGAGAUUCCCUCCUCGCCCACCGCCGAUCCUGCAGCGCCCUCCACAGAAGACGCACAGGCAUUCAAGUCAGUGAUGGCACCAUUCCGACCCAGCGAUUACGAUAAUCUCAUUCUGGAGCGCAACUACAAUCAACAGUGUGGGUAUGUGCUCUGCCCUCACCAGCACCGCAAGGAAGACGCCGGGACGGGCUCGAGCUUCCACUUUAAAUGGGGUGCCAAAGGCAGUGGACCCGGUGGCCGGGGCCGCAGUAUGGAUAUUGUGUCGCGGGAUAAGAUCGAGAAAUGGUGCUCGGAUGAGUGUGCAGAGCGGGCUCUCUAUAUACGCGUGCAGCUGUCCGAGCAGCCGGUGUGGGAGAGACGGGCGGAUGACAUGCGGGGCAAGCAGAUUGUUUUGCUUGAGGAGGCUCGGGCUAAAAAGCAGGCCAAGUCUGCGGCGCCAACAUCCCACAGCCAGGCUAGAAAGGACGUGGCAGACAAAAUGCAAGAGUUGAAAAUUCAGGACCCGGAGCGCGCUCGGGAACUCGCGCUCGAGCGCGGCGACACCAGUGCGGCACUGCGGGAUGGGCGCGUUGAUUUCCAAAUCAGGGAAAAUCAGCAGGGCUCGCGGCGGCCCGUCACCACUCCGCAGCGGCGGCCAGAGGAUACCACCGGAGGCUCCAUUGAGGGGUAUGUUCCCAAGGAUCGGCGAGACCAGCGCACAGCCGACCAUGAAGACGAAGAUGUGCUUGACCAGAUCUGA